UUGGGCCUUUGAGCGGGGAAAAGCCUAAUGCCUUGGAGUUGGGCUUAGUAGCCGCCACGUCAUUACACGGUCCAAGUAGACUCAAAUGCCAGCAGUACGCCGAAACUGCGUCGUAUUCUUGUCGCAAAAAUCACCAAAAUCUUGUAGUUAACUUUUGUAGUUAGGGUUUCUGACAAUUCCGGAGUAAAGAAGAGCCGCCAAUUCAUCAAGACCGGCAGCAGCGACCAUGGUUCUCAAGACUGAACUUUGCCGCUUCAGUGGUGCGAAGAUCUACCCUGGCAAGGGCAUCAGAUUUGUUCGUUCAGACUCGCAGGUCUUCCUCUUUGCCAAUUCAAAAUGCAAGAGGUACUUCCACAACCGCCUAAAGCCAUCAAAACUUACCUGGACUGCGAUGUACAGGAAACAGCAUAAGAAGGACAUUGCUGCUGAAACUAUAAAGAAGAGGCGCCGAACCACCAAGAAGCCUUAUUCAAGGUCAAUAGUUGGUGCCACUUUGGAAGUUAUACAGAAGAAGAGGACUGAGAAGCCAGAAGUCCGAGAUGCUGCACGUGAGGCUGCUUUGCGAGAAAUCAAGGAGAGGAUCAAGAAAACCAAAGAUGAAAAGAAGGCAAAGAAAGCAGAAGUGAUGGCGAAGGUACAAAAGUCCGCCAAGAGUAAUGUGUCCAAGGGGGCUGCUCCAAAGGGUCCUAAGCUUGGAGGUGGUGGUGGAAAACGAUGAUCAUCCUUGUUGACUUUAUAAUGCUCUUUCUUCGAUGGCCAGGUAGUAGGGAUGAUAUGAAUUUUCUGUUUACCGGCAUCUGUUUUUGGUUAUUUCUCGAGAGGACUAUUAUUGAAUUGGAGGAUAUCAGUCAGCAUGAUUUAUUGACUUCAGAAAUUCCUCCCUGUUGCUCGGCUUAUCUUUCUUCUCCGUUCAUAUUUGGUUGAAUAAUAGGAAAAAACCUACAUAAGAAAACACAAUUGGUUCUUCGGGUAGAGGAGACUAAACAACAUUAAUGAUCCUCCUUGUCUCCCAUUAGUGUACUUUUUGUACGUGUGACUCGCCAACCAGGUGGAAAGUGAAAAGAAGAUUACGAAGAAUGUGUUUAAAAUGUUGAGGUGAACU